GAACCUGUGCUUUCAGACAGACAGAGACAUGGACUAGACCUGGUUUAGCGAAGGAUCCAAAGACUAGUUAUGCUGUAGGUUGAUUUAGUCCUGGUUUAGUUCUGUCUUAGUCCUGGGGUAGGACUUAGCUUAGUCCUAGUUUAAACAUGGUUUAGUUCAGAUUCAGACCUUCUUUAGUCCUGGUUUAGUUCUUAGUUUAGUCCUUUUACAGACCUGGUUUAAUCCUGGUAUAUUUCUUUGUUUAGUACUGAUUUAGCCCUGGUUCAGAUCUGGUUUGGUCCUGGUUUAGCCCUUGUUUAGUCCUGGUUUACUUUAGAUUCAGACCUGACUUAGUCCCUGGUUAUUACCGGUUCAGAUCUGGUUUAGUCCUGGUUCAGACCUGGUUUAGUCCUGCUUCAAACCUAGUUCAGCCACCCAGUAUGCGGUCACAGCGUACCCAGGGAAGUGCCAGUGUGGCUGGGGCCGUUCUGCUGGUUCUUCUGUUGGUUGUGGAGGCAGCGGCGUCUCCCAGCGACGAGCAGCUGGAGCCGGGGCCCGAUCCGGACAUGGGGGACGAGAUCCUGUCCUCAGGUUCCAGACUUUCUCCUCGGGGCUCGUGGCUCAUUUUCAGAAGAAUCUCAAGCGAAGAAGCAAAACGCAGCAGCAAGAACCCGAAGAGAAGCUCCAAGCAUGGCCCCCCCGGCCCCCCAGGGCCCCCUGGACCUCAGGGCCCCCCCGGCCUCCCCGCCUCCCCUCUGCCUCCACUCCUCCUGCAGGAGCUCCGAGCACAGCUCCAAGGUAUGGCGGAGGAUGCGUGUCUUCACUGUGGUCCUCCUAUGGUUUCGGUCUCGUUCCUAAGUCGUCUCCAGACCUCAGUUUCUGUGCCACGCCGAAGUCUGCUGGAGCUACAGCCCUUCAUCCAGACCCACAGUAGCUCUCAACGCGGCCCCUCUCUGUCCUCGGGCCGCUUCACUGCUCCGGUCUCUGGGUUCUAUCAGCUCACAGCCACCCUCUUGAUAGAGUCCGGAGACAGAGUCCAAGCCCGAGUCCGGGACCAUGUUCGAGCUGCCAUCUGCAUCCAGUCCCUAUGCCAGACCAAUGUGUCUGUGGCGGGGGUGAUGGGUGUGGCCGCAACUGGAGGAACCUUCAGUAUCCAGCUCACAGGAACACUCCACCUGCAGGUGGGGGAGUAUGUGUCUGUCUUCGUGGACAAUGGCUCCGGCUCAUCCCUCAGAGUCCUGCCUCAAUCGAUGUUCUCUGGGCUGCUGCUGGGAGUCUGAUCUGAGCUUUUAUUCUGAAGGUCCCAGGGACAGGAAGGACAAACGUGCACAUUGGCCACUUUAUUUUCCUGGUUUAGUCCUAGUUUAGUACCUGGUUUAGCCCUGGUUUAGUACUUGGUUUAGACCUGGUUUCAUCUGGUGUCAUUCUUGUGGUUUUGGAUCAUUAUUUAUUGUAAACGAGAUGUG